AAUGCGCUCUGCACGCGCACAGAGGCAGCGCCGUUUGCCUCCACCCAUUCCCACCACCCUUCUGAGUAAUACCCCUCCCCACCCUCUCACUAUAUAUAAGGGUCUGGUGACUUCUGUUUCAGUGUAUCUGAAGAAGUGUGCAUGCACACGAAAGCUCAUACCAAUAACUAACUUAGUUGGUCUCCAAGGUGCUACUGGAAGGAAUUUUUAAAUUUAUUUUAUUUUGUUUCGACUACGGCAGACCAACACAGCUACCUACCUGUAACCUGUUAAUAAUGACACUCGCUUUCUAUCAUGCAUGCGAGCCGCCAGAUUUGCCCACAGGGCAGAUUUGUGCACCAUUCGCAUGCACAGUGAUGAAAGAAUCACAUCUGUGGGUGACUGAGGUGACAGGUAGGCAGCAAGGAAGGAGGAGGGCUGGCUUCGCACCAUAACCAGGUCCCCAAGACUACCUUCAGCUGCUCCUGCCACUUAUGGAGUACCAGUGCCACAGGCUGCCUGCCACCUGUGUCGGAGUUUUUUGGCCCACAAAAUUAAUACGUAGGGCCAGCUCAAUACAUUUUGGCACAUGAGGCGAAUGACAAAAUGGUGCCCCCUCCUCGCCAGGGAAGAAGCAGGAGUGGACUAGAAGUGUAUUAAGGCCCAUUUUUACAAAAGAGGCUGAAUGAUUUGCAAAGACCUAGGAGUCCAUAGCAGAUGUCUGCUUUAUAAUAUUGUCCCUUGGCCUACACUAAAGGCAAAUAUAUGAUUUUUGAAUAUUCAGCUACUCAGUUAUUACCUUGAGACAGAUGUGGGAACCUGUGGCCAUUCAGAUACUGUUGGACUCCAUCAGCAUCAGUGAGCAUUGGCCAACGGGAAAUAUGGGAGUUGGAGUCCAGCAACAGGGUCAGCUAAAGUUCCCCUCAGACACCCAUCCAAUAGCCCUGCGGGCACUGUUAAUAUGCUUAGUACCAAGCUAUAGGAUCGCAACACAAUCCUGCAUGUUUUAUAUGGCCAAGAACAAGUUUACUAGGAGCUAUUCCCUGGAAAAUGCACAUAGAGAUUGCAGCUUUACUAGCAUGCAUUUAAUUCUCCUUUUAAAUCUACGGGACUGAAGAGAUGGCUGUAUCAUGUGCUAGUUUAUCCUAAGAUCUCUUUGGACAACUCUGGGACCUAAUUAUUCAUUUGUGCUUUUCAUUAUUUGCUCUGUUAUAAUUACUCCUUUUUUUGGCACAAAACUUUAGUGUGACAGCCUUGAUUAGUCCCUUUAGCAUUAGUACUCCUUAACAUGUUCAGGAUGGGAACUGAAAUUCAAUUAGCUGUAUUUAUUAAGCCACGAUUAAUGUAGGAUUACUAGUAAUCACUGCUGAAAACCUUCAGAAGGGAAUCUGUUACAGUAAUAAAAAAGCAAGAGAGUUGUAAUAGCUGAAAGGCUGAUAAGGCAGCAGACCAAUGCACACAUGUGAAGAAGUCCCAUUGAACUAAGUGGGGCAUCUUGAGCGGACAAGCGUAGUGUUGCACCAUUACGUAUUUAUGAUGCACACACUUUUGUGGGCUUCAGUUCCCUUCAUGAAAGCUUAUGCCAUCAGAAUGUUACAGCGCAAUCCUCUGCAUGUUUGUUUGAAAGUAAAUUCCCGUGCUGUGCCCACGUUAAGCGCGGGCUAGCCUCAUUCUUUCAGGCGCUGCAGCCUGGUUCUUCGUAGGCUCGCCUAAAGAUAUUGCAUUUAAGGCUGGGGGGGUAUAAAUGCAAGGUAUAAAUAUAAAAAGUCUCAAAAAAUUCUUUUUGAAGAAACAAUCUUAACAUUGUCGAAGGAAGGAGCUCUUUCGAACAAACGCACACGGACGGUAGCGACAGUCUAACUAUACCCAGCCAAAGCCAUUUGGAGGAGUGGAGAGGAAGCCUAGAGCGUCGGUGCCCGUGGUGACGCGUCAGGGUGACGUAACUCGGAAGUAGCCGAGCACCCUUUUCCGGAAACAAACAGCGUUGCCUUGCUCUCAGGAAGGGGCGCCGUUCCCGCGAAGUCGUUGGAAACGGUUGAAGAGGUGGGGAGUGCGGGGCUUUGGCGCUGCAUUAGUAGGCGACCUGCUCGAAGGGGGCGGCGUUUCGCCACUUAGCUAGGAUGCUGCGCGGCCUGAGCGGCUGGUUCGGCAUGAGCCGGGAAGGCGAGGAAGAGAAGCCGCCUCUCCUCGAAGGGGAAGCCGGAGUUGCUGCUGCUGCCGAAGAGGGAGAAGAGAGGACUGGAGGGGACGCGGCAGUGCGGAGCCCGGAGCAGGUGGAGCUGCAGAGGGACUCGGACCCGCUUCUGAACCAGGCGAAGGGGCUGGGCAGUGAGUGUCUCCCUUGCUCCCCUUUAACGCCCUUUCCCCAAAGGCCUUCCUCGCGUCCCUUCAAGCCAGCCCAGCUCAUAUAACUAACCCCCACAGCCGCCCUAUUAAUGUAGCAAGACACCUGCUCAGAUACCCUCUUCGCAGUUGCUUGGAGCUAAGCCCCCCUGGACGUGCACUUGCGCAGCGUGGAGCUUCGCAGGAGUGUGCUCACUAGGGAUUACUGCCAACCUAAGUGCGGCUUUCAAAGCAGCAGCCUGUAGCCUGUUUUACUCCAUGGAAGUUGCUUCCGUUAGUAUGGAUUGUGGGUUGCAGCUAAGUAGUCCUAUGUGCGAGUACUCGGGGAGUAAGCUUCGCCCACUUCUGCGGGCCUUGUUUCUGAGCAAACUUCCUUUUGAAAUUAUUGCUUCUCCUUCAGUGAGCACCCCAACAUCUCUUAAAGAGUUGCAUCUUUUAAGCACGAGAAAAACGCAAAUUGCUCACCUCUUUCAGGGACACUAGAAAAGGUUCAAGAAAUGCAAUGCUGUGGAUAUUUCUUUAAAACAGAUAUGUUCCGUUACAGUUCCAUACAUCUUAAAACAUAAGUGACAUUAACAAAAACAGUGGGGUGUCAGCUUUGUGCCUAGUGUUUUCUGUGGUUUGGUGGGGUAUGACUCUUUUUAAAAAUAGGAAGACUUCAAAAUUAUGGUCUCUGGAUGUGUUAUUAAAGGGAAAUAACAGUACUGUAUCUUUAUGCAAGCCCUGUUGGUCCUUUCCAAUUUGCAAUAAUGAUACCGCUUGAGUUAUUAAAAGUAGUAUGUGACUUCUCUGAACAUAACUAGAUUUCUCUAUCAACAUUUUGAGCUUUACUAAAUUGUCAUUAUUUGCUUUGAAUUUAAUAGAAACUACCACAACUGACUUUAAAUUACAACUGAGGAAUGGUUAGUAAGCAGUAAAGCACUAAUUCCGGAGUAGUUAGAUUUUUCUAAAUGUAACAACAAAUCCAGCUAAAAUAAGGCAUUAGGUUAUCAGUGAUACAAAUAAAUGUUAGCUUUUUAUGUCUGCAAAACAGAUUGUCUUCAUAAUGGAUUCCUUUUCUAUUGCUGUGUACUUUAGAACAGCUUCAAAUGCAGCAUCUUGGAAAAGGUACUGUUACCUUAAAUUUUUACAUAAUACACAUUGCUCUUUCCCACUGUACAAGAUGCGCAGUCCAGAAUUCCUCACAUCUGCCACACACACAAAUAGGUAGAUGGAAAUUAAUGUGGCCUGUGCAUCAAUAUCAUGUGUUUUUGUAGGACAGGGUGGUCCAACUUUUCAUAUCAAGUGGGCCGCAAGAGUGCUUUGGCACAGAGCCCACAGGCCGCACACUGCCUUAUCACAUGGGGGGAGAGGCAAAAAUUUGACACCCCCAAGUCCUUGUGCUGCAUUCCCAAAGCUGGGUGAGGCCAGAGGUGGAUUUAGGGCAGCAUGGCCAGUUCAGCCGCCGUUGGCACUGAGCCUAGGGGCACUGCAGGGUAUUGCAACUAUGAUGUAGUGAACUGAGCAAAAUUAAAAUCAAGAAGACUGGGCGUGCCAAAUUUUGGCCUCGCAUAGGGCACUGCUGAAAUUUGAAAGACCAAAGUUCGCCCCUGGCAAGGUACCAGGCUUUGGGAAGGAGAGGGGAGGGCUCUAGGACCCUGUCAGAGCCCUCACACUACCUUACCAAAGCCCAUCCCUCACCUGGCUUUGCUAAUGCAGCACAAGGCAAAGCGGGUAUGGGGGUGUGAAUUGUUGCUGAGGGCUACCAAAAAUGCCUCAAGGCCUGCACAUUAGACCACACUGUUCUAGGAAUUGGAAGAACUGAAUGACUGACUGUAAGGCUAUAGUAGGUGAUCAUGCAGCAUAUCUUAAGGACUUUGUAAUAAAGAAAAAUUUAAUUGUUUUAUUUCCAAAAGGUUAUCUCUUCAGUUUUGCCACUACUGCCACAAAAAAGAUAUCUGAGUCAGUUGCUGAAACGGCCCAAACUAUAAAGAAGUCUGUAGAAGAAGGAAAAAUAGAAAAUAUAAUUGACAAGGUAACUUUUCUGUUGUAAAUAAUUUGUUAAUAAAUUUAGUAUCUGCUCUUGCAUGUUCUACUUAUAUUUAAGGCUAUUGACAUUAUGGGUUUAGUGCCAAUAAAGUGUUUUGAUCAAGCACUGUACUCAAGGAAGAAAAACUGAAAUGUAGGCCAGAUCAGCAGCUAAUAAAAACUUCAUUGAGCUAAUUUAGGAAUAUUUUAAACACAAGAAUUAAUCAGUACCACUCGUUUAAAUUUUUAUACUUAAUAAUGCAGUAAUAUAAUUCAGACAAACCAAACACACACAGGAAAUAUCCUGGAACAAUUGUAAGCAGUUUACAAGAAAUAUAUCAAUUUGUGUUGCAAAAAAUAUUAUGUUAGGCCACUAUUUGAUAUUUAUACUGCCUUUUCACAGUUGUUUGUGUUUAUCAAAGGUAGUAUGUGGGACUGAAAGCAAUUAGAAACUUGUUGACACUAUACAGUGGUACCUCGCAAGACGAAUGCCUCGCAAGACAAAAAACUCGCUAGACGAAAGGGUUUUUUGUUUUUUGAGCUGCUUCGCAAGACGAUUUUCCCUAUGGGCUUGCUUCGCAAGACGGAAACGUCUUGCAAGUUUGUUUCCUUUGCUUAACACCGUUAAUACAGUUGCGACUUGACUUCGAGGAGCAACUCAUAGAACGCGGUGAGGUAGCCUUUUUUUUGAGGUUUUUUCAGACUUUGGUGAUUUUUGAAGCUUUUCCAAAACUUUCCCGACACCGUGCUUCACAAGACGAAAAAAAUUGCAAGACGACAAAACUCGCGGAACGAAUUAAUUUCGUCUUGCGAGGCACCACUGUAAUGUACAGUCUGCAGGCACCAAAUCUUGAAACACCAGUCUAGAAUGAGAACCUUUGAUGUGUUGUGGUUUUAAAACUACACACAGCGGUAGCAGUUAAGGUUCUCCAUGAUGUUUUAUUAGAAAUAAGAGUAGUCAUUUCCAGCAAAUAUGACAUGACAGACCCAGAUCUGACCAUCAUUGACUUGUUAAACCAAAAUGUCAGUGAACCUUUUCCCAAUGACACAGCUCCUUUUUAGCACAAACAAUCAAACCAGAAGGCCUCUAAUUAACUAUAGCUUCUGAUUUCAUCCAAACUAGGAAGCUUUGGUUACCAGAUUCCAAGAAACUCCGGAUAUUAAACUAGGUUUAAAAUUAAACAUAUUAAGAUAUGUUUUAAUAUCCUGACCUAUUCAAAUGUGGCAGCCAUUGCUUCCUGCGUGGAUGAAAUGGGAAACUGGUAGGUUUCCUCACACUAGGAAGGAACCGCGUAGAUGAGCAAAAGGUGUCUCAGCUUAUUAAACAGAGAUACAUGGCUUGAGUAUUAUAUUUGAAAGCUAUUGUCAACAAUAUGCAAAUUUCUUUGUGUAAACAGUUUUAAGAGAUAUAAAGAUUAACAAAAGAGAUCUGAUAAUGUUUCUCUUCUAUGCAGCCAGUUAAACCUGCCCUCAAACUAUUAUUUGUUUCUGAAGCCUGUUACACAUGAGCCUGCAUACUGACCGCUGUAGGUGUCCCUAUGCUAGCUCAGAAGAUUAGAAGAACUGCAUUGGGUCUUCUAGCAGUUUUUGUCAGAGACAACAGAAAAUUCCCAGUUUGUUCAAUCACAGCUUGCGAACACACUCUGCACAUUUUUUAAGGUUUUUUUUUUAAAGAAAGUUUAUGGGAUACUAUUGGUUAUUCCUCUCCUCUCAUACCUAUAUCAUAACAAAUAAUUAUGCUGGUAGAAGAAAAGGGGCAGUGUCUGACAGGUUAAGAGAGGAAGGUAUGUGGAGGUAUCCCAGUACUCAGCCUCAAGUUCUUUAGGUUGGCUCCAGACCCACCUUUCAUGAAUGGAAGAGCUCCUUUCAUGAAAGCAAGAGAUCAAGAUCCAGUGGAGGUUCCUGCUGAAGAAAGAUGGGUAGAGACUCUUUUGCCAAUUCCCCCUACAGCCCUCUGUGCCAUCUCCCAUGCUGUACCAGGACAUACUCCUGUCCUAUGGAAUAGAUUUUCAGGUGGCAGCAGGGCAAAUAUAUGAAAAUAGCCUCCCCAACCUUCCUCCAGAAGAGGGCUGCAUGGAUGGAGUUGCAUAGUCUGGAUCUAAACCUUUGUAUAGAAGGCAGUUACAUUCAAGUCACUAUACAAUGUGCAAGUAUUUGGGUUUACUAUUGGGAUCUGAUAUAUACUUGUUACAGAUAUGAAUUUGGUUAACUUUGGGCAAUACAAAUAGAUUCCAGUUUUACAUGUAAAUAAGUUGUUGGCAACAGUGAGAACCCAAGUAGUCUGGCAAAUUUAUUGCUGUUCUAUAUAUAACUUUGUUUUUUCUUAUAGACAAUUAUAGGAGAUUUUCAGAAGGAGCAGAAAAAAUUUGUUCAACAGCAGCAAACAAAGAAAUCAGGUAAUGCAUAACAGCGUAAUCUUAACCAGGGCUGGGAAGACACAGGGCAAUGGAAUCCCUGCUGCAUCUGCAGCCCUGGUAGCCAGGGUGUAAAAGUUUUGGGUUUUGUUGCAGGCCGGCACAGCACAGGUAUUUAGAUUGGGUCCCUCUUUUGGAAAUGAACCAGCUUUGGAUCUAGUGGGUCCAUCACAGGUCCUGUCCUACCACUGCCGCUUCCUGUUUUGGAGCCUUAACAGUGAUUUCUUUCUGCCAGUGGGAACACUGGCAGUAGUAGCAUGCAUUCCCCUAUGCUUUCAGAUAGCACAGCAGAGAUCUCUGUGGCAGCAGACACAUGUACACACACUGCCAGGGGACAUCUGGAGCAUCCUAAUUCCCUCAGCUAAAAUGAAAUUUAGUUGGGAACACUUGUCACAGAUCUUGGCAAGCGGCCUUCUUCAAUCAAAAAUGCCUGUAGUUCACAUGUCAAUAUACAUGUGCUCCCCUUUUCCUUACAGAAGCAGCUGCGCCUCCUUGGGUAGACAGCAAUGAAGAAGAAACAAUUCAGCAACAAAUACUGGCAUUAUCAGCAGUAAGUAGUAUUAUGUUGUUUCUGUUUAAGGUUCUUCCUCCUCCUCUUUGCCUACCUAAAACAGUACUUUACAUUUUGAGGCAUCAAUGUGUUAAAUAAUAAAACUGCUUAUGGGAUUUAGUGAGAUCAUGCUAAUUGAUGAUAUAAAGACUUCUUUUAUUGAAAGGUGUUUCCCCAUGUAUCUAGCUGAGCUGCUUGUGCUAUCAGUUACUUUUCAAAGUAAUUGAUUGACAAGUGCUCUUUGGAAACAGAAGCGUAACCUUUUCACCAUUGACAGAUGGAUUUAUUUAUUUUUUUGCAAAGGACCGAAGAAACUUCCUGCGUGACCCACCGGCUGGGGUUCAAUUUAAUUUUGACUUUGAUCAGAUGUAUCCAGUGGCAUUGGUAAUGCUCCAAGAAGAUGAACUUCUGAACAGAAUGAGAUUUGAUCUUGUUCCAAAGCAGUGAGUGAUCUGCCUAUAUUUUCAUAAGCUGUUGAACAAUUUUUUAAGUCUGAGUAAAAAUAAUAGCUUUGUGUAACUUGCAAUAUUUACUAAUAUUGUGUUUCCAUUUGUACAUUAAAAUGUGACAAUAAAUAGUUCAUGGUAUUCUAUUCUGAAAUUUAAGUCACAGUCUAAACCUAAACAUUAAAUUAUUUCUCAGUGGCGUGUUUUUUUGUUUUUUGUUUUUUUGGAAACCUAACUUGCCAAAUACUGUUACGCCUACCUCUGAGGAAUUUUAUUUUAUCUUUGUCAGAGCUAGUAAUUGUUUAGUGUAAGCUCAUAGCACAACCUUAUGCAUAACUACUCAAAAGCAAGUUCCAUUUAGUCCAAUGGGAAUUAUUCCUGGCCAAAUAUAUGUAGGUUUAUAGCCAUCAGGUUGGAUCCAGAUAUGCCCACCUGCAAACUCCAAUCCAGCAGAGGCUUCCAGUGGGAAAGUAGGAAAAGUGAUUUUUGUCAAUUCCCCCUUUUUCCAUGCCAUCUCUCAUACUGUUCUGGAAGGUCCUACAGCUCUUCUGAGCUGCUUUGCGGGGAAGAAACCGAAGCAGAUCUCCUGCUCCACUCAUCCCUCCACUAUGCAUACAGUAAACUCCCACCUUGCAUGCAUGUUUCAUGUUAUAUUUAUAUAGCGUAGUUAUCAAAACCAUAUAUUUUGUUGUCUCCAGUGUAAAAGAAGAUGUGUUUUGGAGGAAUUACUUUUACCGUGUCUCCCUGAUUAAGCAGUCUGCACAGCUCACAGCACUGGCUGCACAACAGCAAGCCGUGAGGAAAGAGCAGAAUGGCAGCCAAGAGGACAGACAGCUAGCAGGUAGAGAUUUGUUUCACUAUGUUGGGUGGCGACUCCUUUCUCACCUGGCUGACAAAUGCACAUUCCAGACUUUCUCCCUCCGUCACUUUUUAAACAUUUCUUAUGGUGGAAGUUUCAUAAAUUAUUAGCCUUCAACCAUCUGAGAACAAGCAAAAUAGUUCCAUUAUAGUUCCACAGAUAUUCUUAUUGAGGAAGAGCAAUCUAAGAUACAUAUUUCCACAAUAUAGCACAAGUUCAGGACUAUAGUUCAAUUUCUUCACAAUAUUCAGUUAUAUUACUUUCUCUGUUAAGAAUUAAAAAUAGUUUCAUGUAGAGAGUUUUGCUCUUCAUGAAAGCUUGUCCUGCUGCCUUUUGGUGGGGAUGAAGCCCUAGCCUUUUAUCUCAGGAGCUGAACAUGGGGGUGUGGAUUAUCAUUGUUCCUUCCUUAGCUCUAAGGCUAGGAGGAAGAUAGAGUGGUUUGGCCAUUGCACUGAAACACAAGGAGUGCCUUGAAAGCACAAGGUCAAACUACCAAGGCUCCAAAUUUGGAGCCUGAGGUGGAAGCAGAGUAUUAUCUCUAAUCUCACAUUAUAGCACAGUAUAAGGCCAGGGACAAGGAGAUGGGUAGCUCCUGGCAACGACAAAAUCCAUUUCAGCUAUCGAGGCCAGUCAAGAAUUGUGGAAUAAUUCAUGCAUAUGCAUAUGAGCUGCAGCAAGCACAGAAUUUGCACACACACACACUUUCUCUUCCACAAAAAAGAAAGCAAAGACAUUGCAAACUGACCAAAAAGCUUCAAACUACAUUUUGUUCAACCAUAGUUAACAAACCAGAAAAUCAAACUUGAUAACAUGGCUUGUACAAACCACAAUUUUACCUAUUCAUAAAGGGAAGCUGCAGCUUGUUACAAAUCAGAAGCAGAAGCUUUAAAUAUCCUUAGCGUGAAGAGAGAAAGAGGAAGGGGAGGAAGUGUGUGAGUGUAUUGUACUUGGCUUGUUAUGUUUGAGUCACUGUUCACUCAGCCACAACUUAAGCUUUAAAUGCUCUUCUAAAUUCUAUCCUUUCUGUCUUUUUCCUAGAAACUGUACGACCAAAGACACCACCCGUAGCGAUCAAAUCUCAGCUAAAGCCUCAAGAGGUAACAUUAUUCUCCAGUUAAGAUUAAUAUGUGUAUUUACAGCAUAACCAUUUUUUAUACUUUAAGUUUUUUAGAUGCAUGUUAGUUUGGCCAACUCCAAAACUGCUUCACAAAAAGCCCUUAAACAAAUGUACUGGAGGAAUCAAGAAUUUGGCUGAAACAAGGUUUAGAAUGGUGGCUGUGUGAGGACCUUCAGAAUCCUGAGCAAAGGAGGUCACCCUUUUAAUCAAGUGAUUGCCUAUGAUUGGCAAGUUCUAGCUGAGCAGCUAAAGUGCAAUUUUCCCUUCCCCAACCCUGUAUCACAGCACUUCCUCUCUUUGGGAAACUUUGCACUUUACUAUGGUUGAUUCAAGUAUUUUAUUUAUACCAUUAAUGCCAGAUGUGGGAUGGGAUCGUGGAAAGGAAUAGUGCAAGGGCAUAGCUCAGUGCUGAAUUUUCCAGCUGGAAAACAAAGGUAGCUGUUUUUGUAAUGUUGGCCAGCACCAGGUAUGAGGAACCUUUGACCCUCCAGAUGUUGCAGGACCUUCGAGCACACUGCCCAGGCUUGCACCCUGGGGAGGUCACUUCAGUGCUGCUAACGGUUUGACUUCAUCCCCAGAGUCACACUCCAUUGUCUCUUGAGACAGAUGGAUGCCAACAACCGCUCCCACUAUCCCUGACAAUGUCUGCUGGGACUGAUGGAGUUGUAGCUUAGCAACAUGUGGAGGGCCAGAGAUUCUCCACAUCUGACUUAUGCUUUCUGCUGCAUUGCAUAUCUCCUAAGAAAGCAAUACAGAAGGAAAAUGAGGGCAAAAUGACUUUGUCUAUCCCUUCUACCUGCCAUGGUGAUUCUCAUGAAGAUAAGCUAUUUUACAAAUUCCUAUUAGGCCUUUGUUCUGUGUAGAGAUUCUGUGCAUGUGACCUCAUUGUUUUCCCUUUCACUAUAGGGAAACGGUGCAUAACAUUAAGGAGAAAUGCCCACGAUAUUAGUAUAUAUAUAUACACACUUUUAAAUUCCUUCACCAUCUCCUGUAAAUAAGGAUUUCCUUCCUUUCUCAUCUCCAAUUUAAGGAGGAAGAAGAAAUUUCAACUAGCCCAGGUGUAUCAGAAUUUGUGAGUGACGCUUUUGAUGCAUGCAGCUUGAAUCGGGAAGAUUUGAGGAAAGAGAUUGAACAACUUGUACUUGACAAGAGCAAGGAAACAACUAUAGUAGAAGGUAAAAAAUAAAAAAAAUUUUUUUUUUGCAAAUUCUGCUCCCUCUCUUUAUGGGUAUAUUUGUAAAUAUAUUCCAUAUUUGAAUCAAAAAUAGCUUUAGAAAUAUCCCCUUACCCAAUGAGGAUAGGCUAUCUGAAAUAGUAAGAUUUAUGCCUUUAUUUGCUUAUUUGAUUUAUUUAUUUAUUUGGUAAGUUUCUAUACCACCCUUUAUCCAAAGUUCACAGGGUGGUUUAUAAUAAGCAAAGCUAGAAAUGCGUCCUGUUCUUAACACUGCUCAUCUUCUCUGCAUUCUGAAGUCUUGAAGGAUCUUACCAUAAUUGUUAACAGCAGUAUCCUUUAUUUCCUGGAUUGUGGCUGAAGCAGUAUGUGCAGGAAACUGGUUUUGCAGAUUUAGAGUACUUGGAUGUCUAGGUUUAUAGGAAGUGCAUAUCCCAAGGAAAAGAACAGUGUUGAAAAGGAAAUCUAGAUGUCACUAAUUUGGGAUCAGCUUUUUUAUACAACUUACUUCCAAGUAAGGGUUUUAUUUCUGUAUGUGCUCAGCUCUGGCCCUUCCAGAGUAUUAUUUCAAUUGGCAUGCCUUGCAUGUGAUUAGAUAAUCUGGGACACCAGCAAUUCCCAAAUGCAUAGCAUUUGGAAGAUAUUUUAGUCAAAAAUAUAGCAGUAAUUUCUUGAUGUACAGGUUUGUUUUCUACACGUUCAUGCUUAAGAAAGCUUGGAAAUGUGAAUGCCAAAGAGAACAGAGUGUAAACUGACAAAGUAGAGAAGUAUUUAAACAAUUGUGAUUUCCCCUUACUUGCAGUUUGAACUGGUACACAACACUUUGUUGUGUGGGUGGACUAGUCCUUACUAGCAAAAUUAGUACUAAAUUAGUGCAACAUUUAUUCAGUCCUGUGACCUCUGUAUGUUUUGUUUUUAGAAGAAACUGCAGACUGGGAAAAGGAACUACAACAAGAACUUCAAGAAUAUGAAGUAGUUGCAGAGUCAGAAAAACGAGAUGAUAACUGGGACAAAGAAAUAGAGGAAAUGCUACAAGGAGAAAAUUAACCACUUUGCAUAAAAGUUUUUUGGAAACUGAUGUGAACCCGUUUUUAUACUUGCUUCAGAGACUUUUCUAAGGCAUAAAAUGGCUCUUUGUGAAAGAAAAAAAGAAAGAAAGAAAGAAAGAAAGAAAGAAAGAAAGAAAGAACGGACUCCAGGUGAUAUGUAAUCGGGUGUAAAAACAGUUCUUUGAAAAUACUGUUAAUAAUCCAGUGGCAUGUGAGGCAAGUUUUAAAAGUUAAUGAAACAACAAAAGUUGCUGGAAAAUGUUAACUGGAUAAUUGGAAGUGAAUUUUAAAAAUAAUUUGUGAGCUGCUUUCUGUACUGGGGUGAAAAUUGAAAACUUCUAACCAUAUUCCUACAAGUAAUAGGAAGUCAUGUUAAUAUUUUGAUCCCUUUGGCUCAUUUAUAAAUAUAAGUUCAUAAUACAUCUAGGUAUUAGUCCCUUAAUACCAUAUGUUCUCUUAGAAAGUGUUAUCAGGCUUUGUCUAUAGCUUUUUUUAUCUUAGCAGAACCUCGGCACCUGGACAUCAAAAGCGGUGAAGGUUUAGAGUGAUGAUAUGGUGUGGCUAAUCAAAAAUUCAGUGAUUCAAUUUUCCUCACUUUAGUCACUAGACAGAUAAAACAAUGACCGCUCAAGAUAUACAUAAAUGGCACAUCAACUGGCUCAGGGUUCACUUACUUUAUUGGGAUUUUUUCACUCCAAGAAGCACUCCAAGAGCGUUUUAGAAGAAAAACAGUUCAGUUCUUCUGCUUAAGAUAAAAGUAUCUCUUCAUUUAAUUGCUAAAAUGUAUAAUAUACUUUAGAGUGAAGCAUAGGUUAAAAAGUAGAACCAAAGUGUAGCAAGAAAUUCAGGCUUGGCCUGUGGGUGUGGUUGAGUAGCGCUAUACUCAUAAGUGUUAAAUGUUUAUUAAGGUGUGGGAGGAACACUAUAGUGUGAAUAAUCAGAAGUCAAAAUAUGACUGCCAUCCUAGACUGACAAGACAACACUACAGCUGGAUAAAGGGGUCAGAACUGAAUGGAAGGUAAUAUAUUUAGCAGUGUUGCAGGAGACUACGCAUCUAACUUUGGGUCAGUAAUUGACUUCUAUUGCCUUUGUUUAAAAUGUAAAGUACUAGGAACUUGAUGUUUUGAGCAAACUGCUGGAGAAUAAACUGGUUACUAGUAACUGAAAUGAUGGUUGCUAAAGCAUAAUGUUAACUUUGCUUGAUGUCCAGAUGUAAAGAAUUCACGAGACAUCUUUUCUUACUAAUUCCCAAAUAAAGAUUUCACAGAAUCAUAAAUA